UGGCCCAGGUCCCUCAGCCGGGGAGGGUGCAAGCGGAGGAUGCAGGAGAGGUGAGGUCACGUCUCCCUUGAGUCCCGCGCCGCUGACUUUUCAGAGCCUCGCCACGAGCAGUUGGCCUCAGUCUCCCACCGCGCGGACCCUGCGCUCCUCCACCCACCCUGCCCCGCCGGCCUCGCCCAUGUCUCAGUGCGACCCCAGCUCGGACUUCAAGAGGGCUCUGGACAGCAGUCCGGAGGCCAACACCGAGGAUGACAAGACCGAGGAGGACGUGCCCAUGCCCAAGAACUACUUGUGGCUCGCCAUCGUCUCGUGUUUUUGCCCCGCGUACCCCAUCAACAUCGUGGCUUUCGUCUUCUCCAUCAUGUCUCUGAACAGCUACAACGAUGGAGACAUCGAAGGAUCCAAGCGGCUCGGGAGGAAUGCCAAGUGGGUGGCCAUCGCAUCCAUCAUUAUUGGCCUUCUCAUCAUCGGUAUUUCUUGUGCAGUUCACUUCACAAGGAAUGCCUGAGCGGCCAGCAGUCGGCCGCAAGCAUGGAGGAUGGAACUCAUCCACACAUACCCCACAGGAGUUUCUGAGGAAUGGACCCUUGACUUCAGACCGUGAGAUCUCUUCCUCCAGGACUCUCCAGAGGCAGGUCCCUGGCAAAUGAACUUUAAAAAAAAAGAAAGAAAGGAAAAGAAAGAAAAGGAAAAAAGUCCAAAAUUAAGGAAAACCAAGCAGCGCAACAAGACCAGCCAGUCACUGAUUAAAAAAAGAAGAAAGAAAGAAAAGAAAAAGAAAAAGAAAACCUCAAGUCUCACUGUCUGAGUUUAGUGAAAGCCUCUGUGUCCAUUCCUCUUCUGCAGAGAUGAGCCUCAGGAAAUCUCAGUAUUUCUAAUGGCGGGGGAGGGGGAUCCAGAUCUGGUGGGGGGCCAAAGGUCCUAGGAAGAGCAAUGGAGGCUGGUGUCUGCAAAGUCGAGCAUGAACAUUUGCAGCAUGUUUCAAGUUGUCCGACAGAGUGGGAUUUGUGCAUUUUUUUUCCUUUUAUUUUUACAUGUCAGAGUUAGUGGGCCCUCCUCCAUCAGCUGCUCCCUGCCACAACCCCCAGAGUUCAAUCAGUCCCCAAAGAAACUAAAGAAGGGGCUUUCUGGCCUUUUGUCCUGACCUCAAUCUUCCAACAGUCCCCUCCCUUGCUUGCAUCCACCGCUGGGCACCUCACUUCACUUAAAGACUCUGAGAAUGUACUUAAUGGUCAAUUCUAGGUACAGGAGCACCUUCCCCAUCCCAGUUUUGGGAAUAAGCUGGCUGUAUCUUAUGGAAUGUGCUUUUUUUCAAACUCUCUCUCUUUUUUUAGCAAGUCUCAGGCACCAUCUUUUAUUUUCCUGGAUGCCAACCUGGAAAUGCCACCCACUGUAUUUCUUUUCUGUCAAAUGUAACCCCGUUAGGUGUGAUUGUACUGAUUUAAUUAUGCCCUUAUUCUGCCUACCAGAACACGCCAACCCAGUGUUUCACAGAAUGCACGGCGUAUGGCUGGUGGUACUCAAGAUAAUUUUUAAGUCAGUUAUAGACAACAUUAAGUGAUGCCAAUCACAAAGUAUUUUUCCCCUUUUCUAGUCUUGUCCAAUGCUGAUUACAGCAAAGAGAAAGCCUCUGUUUAGUGAGCAUGGGUCCUCAACACCUUUCCGUGACUUUAGCUCUUUUCCCUUCUUCAUAAAGAAAGAGCAGGCCUCAGGUUCAAAGUCGAGAUAGAACUCAAUAGCAUAGUCCUGUUUUUGUUGUAUUUCUUUUAUUAAUUACCUUCCAUUUACAGUUUCCCCAUAGGGAUGUGACCUAUUGUUUCUAUUCAAAUAAAUUUACUUAAGAAAAAUAGAUGGACUCUAAGAAAAUAUCAAGGGGUUAACAAAACAGGUGAUAUGUAUAUAUGGCAAAAAUAACUUCAAGAACGCAUAUGAGAAACACAGUAAAAAUGAACUUUCCUAAGCAAGAGAAAAGGCAGCUUAUUCUAAGUGAAUAAACGAGGCUGAGAAAACACCUGCGUCCCAGUGCCUUUUUUGCCACUAACUCCCUAUGCAAGCUGAUUUUAGGCAAGUUUCUUAGCCUCUCUGUGCCUCAGAUUUCUUCAUCUGGAAAAUGGACAUAAGAACACCUGCCUACAUACCUCAGAGCGUUAUUAAGAGAAUUAAUCGCCGUAAUAGAUAGGAAUGCCCCUGGAGGGAGAUUCUAAGUGCUACACAAAUACAAAGCAUUGUUCUUAGAUUACUAUGAAUCUCAGGCUGUUUGUUAAAAUCCUGGAAACUAGCAAAACAAUAAAUGUUGAUGGACAUCAGAUGCCAUGGGCCCUUUCACCUGGAUGUCUGCCAUGAGCCAGCACUUGUCCCAGGAGGAAACGGAAUCAGGGCCACGAAUUCUCAGCAUGCAGGGAUCCUAGCAUCAUUCCAGUGUAUUGGGUCCCGGUUUCUGUUUCAGACAUUUUGUUUCUUGUUUGUUUGUGUUCAGGUCCCUGAUCUUUUACCCAAAUCAAAUGAGAAGUGUUACUGAGAGGCAGAAUAAAAAUGGUUUUAAGUAAGCCUGUUUA